AUGAAGGUAGAUAAGCAAUUGAGCAGUUUUCUUGACCCAUGGAUAAAAGCUGCAGAGUAUUUGGGUAUAACAAUCAAUGGAUGCCAAUCUCUUACCUUCCUCAUCAUCUUCUCCAUUUUCAUUUAUCUUGAUCUUCAUAUUCUUCCUCACAAUUCCUCAAAAAUCUUCAAGCUUCUUCGCAGUAACCGGUUCAUCUGUGGAAACAUCACCAAUGUGGGCUAUCCUUUCUGGGGAGACUGCAGGCCUGAAGUUUGUGGAUACCCUCAUCUCCAUCUCAACUGUGAGAGCAAUAAAGUGACAACCAUAGAGAUCAAGAAUGUGAAAUACCCAGUAUUGGAGCUGAAUCUGAGCGCCCAAAUACUCAAAAUCGCUCGGGAUGAUUUCUUGUCUGUACUUUGUGUUUCCGAGGAAUCGUCACAGGAUCCAAUCUUUGAUUCAACACUUUUUGAAUAUGCUCAAGGAUAUGGAAAUCUAACAGUUCUUUAUGAUUGUUUUUCAUCAGGAAAUUUCUCUUUAUGUGUCAAUGGCUUCAACAAAACAUUGUUACCGUUUGAACCUGUGAAUUGUACUUGCGAUCCUGAAGAGCCAGAGAAUCCAAUAGGGGAACAGGAUUAUGGAAUUCCUUCAUCAUGCAGCACAAUUAUGCCUUGUUGCAACUGUUUUCAAUUUAUCUUCCAACACCAAAAUUCAGUUUUGAUGUUCUAAACAUCUUAUAUGGCACUAGUUGCUCUGUUUAAUUGUGUGCUCUUAAAUCUUUUACCCUCUAUUUUUUUUUUUUUCCCAACCUGCCUCUACUUUAAGAAUUCUAUUCUAAUUAAUACUCGUACCUGUUUCCUAAAUUAAUGCUUCCUACAAGUAAGAGAUUAAAUUUUAUGCUUGAAGCCUUGUCUUAUUUCCAAAUUGUGGCUCAACUAUGGAAAUAAUUUUUUUCAUUCCCUCCAGUUUACAAUUUUUCCCAUUCUCAUAGGAUUAUGUGAU